AUGAGCUCUGACAAGCAAUAUAUCAGUUACAACAACGUCCAUCAACUUUGCCAGGAGGCGGCAGAAAAGAUCAAGCAAUUCAAACCCGACUUGAUUAUAGCCAUUGGCGGUGGUGGGUUUAUUCCAGCAAGAAUACUGCGUACUUUCUUAAAAGAGCCAAAUGUGCCAACUGUGAGAAUUUUUGCCAUUAUAUUGUCGCUUUAUGAAGAUAUCAAAUCUGUGGGUUCGGUGGAGGAAAAACCAGGGGUCACUGUGCACAGAACGCAAUGGAUUGACUAUGAACAGUGCAAGUUGGACCUCGUCGGCAAGAAUGUACUGAUUGUAGAUGAAGUGGACGAUACGCGCACGACUUUGCAUUAUGCACUUAGCGAACUUGAGAAAGACGCGGCGGAUCAGGCAGCUGCGCAAGGAAUUGACUUGGAAGCUCAGCCAGAGCGUAAGACCAAGUUCGGGAUCUUUGUUCUGCAUGACAAGUUGAAGCCCAAGAAAGCGGAUCUUCCAGCAGAAUUGUUGGAGGAUAAGACUCGCUACAUUGCUGCCAGACAGGUGCCUGACUAUUGGUAUGCGUAUCCUUGGGAAUCAACGGACAUCGUAACUCAUACCAGAAAGGCUGUCGAACAGGGCAAUGAUGUGUUUCUUCCUUAG